AUGCUCGGUUCAUUGUUUAUGCUUACAUCAUUAUGCUAUUUAUCAAACGGCGAUGAUGUCCCCAUAAACAUUUGCUUUGUGCCUGUACGUGGGGCAAAUAAUGCUAUAGUGAGGCCUUCGGUGCCUGUCGAGUACUGCCAAGAUCGUGAUGCGGCAGCUUGUUUCGCAAUAUUUAAGCCCGAGGACGACAAUGUGCUGGCGCAAAAUCGUAUGGCUAAUCAGAAUUAUCAGGUCCUAGACAAAUGUCAGCAGGAGCCCUAUAUAAUGUUAGCUCGACAAAUGUGCCCAUGGAUGUGCGCGACUUGUUGCAUGACUAAGGAAUAUAAUUGUGAAAAUGCAACGACUUUACCAUCUUCAGCGGCGACAUGCAGAGAUGAAAGACAGCAUUGUGCAGCAAUUAGAGCUGCAAAUAGCUGUGGCGGUGUAUUUCGAACAACAAUGAUGCAACAGUGCGCGAGAACUUGUGAGGGAAAGGGAAAAGGCACUGAAUGCGAUCAAGAGCGACUAAUGAAACAUGGAGCGGUCUCUGUAUGGGAUCGGAACGACUGGUGGGAGUUCGCUUAA